CUCACACCGAGUAUUGGAGCUGUAUUCGCUAGCUAUCUACUAGCUAGCUAGUACUAGUUAGCUAAUUGUGGGCUACCCCGGCAAGGACAUCUCAAAGUGAACUUGGACGUGAAGACGUGAAGUAAGGGUUGUGUGCAGCAAAAGCGAUUGACACAGUUUUAUCUAUUGCCUCCCAUCCCUCUCGGAGACUGUUUGCUUCCCUUGAUAGAUCCAGUUUCUUUCGGCACACAAUUUCAAUUGAGAGAAACUUGCAUCCAAAUUUUGCUCGAUACCACAAUUGAAUCAUCAGCCAUGACAUCCAAGAAAACUUCCAGAAAAUCGCCCGAUGGCCUUGGCGAUGAACGCCCUCGCUCCGGAAAGUGGACCAAAGAGGAGGAAGCAUAUGUGGAUCUUUUGAUCGAAGAGUUUCGUUCCGGCGCCUUGCCCCUCCGUGAAGGCACGACCCUCCGCAGUUUCCUCUCCAAAAUGGUCAACUGCAACCCCAAGAGAGUAUCUAAAAAGUAUGAGAACACCAACUACAAUGGCAAGCACAAGUACGAGCCAUCGACCAUCCCAAUGAGCAUGGCGCAGAUGAAGCGGCGUCGUGACAGACUCCAAGAGUCUGAAAGGCGAUUCCUCAGGGCCUUGGAGAGAGUGUCAGAUGAUACUGACCUUGAAGAACCAGAAAUGGAAGCCCAUGACAACGAGGCCGCCAUGGCAGGUCCUGACGCAAAGAUCGAAGCCUCUACACUGACUGUACCCGAGAAACAAGACCAGGCUUUGGCUGCCAUGCUUCAGCAGCAACAAAGGCUUGCUGGUUCUCUUGUGGAUGGGUAUCAGGCUGCUGGUAGUAAGAGAAAUUCCCUUGUGGAUGGGUAUCAGGUUGCUGGCAGCAAGAGACCUUCGUUGGUUGAUGGCUUUCAAGGUGUUGGCAGCAAGCGAUCUUCGUUCAUCGAUGGGUAUCAAGGUGCUGGCAGCAAGAGACCUUCAUUGGCUGAUGGAAUGCAAGGUGCUGGAAGCAAGAGACCUUCGCUGAUGGAUGGGUAUCAAGACCUCCUCUCAAGAGACAUCCACUCCCGGAUGGACCUUGCAAACCACUUGUCGGGGACAGGAGCAGGAGCCACAGGACCUGAUAUGCGUGAUUUGUCCCUAUCAAACACGGCCAACAUGUCACUCACACUUCCAUCAUCCGCCUUUGCUUCGCCUAACCCCACGAACAAGCCACAAGUUGGUGGUGGAACGGGAAGCACUCUUCAUCAUUUGGCCCAUUACGACUUUUUGUCAGCGCUCAACAAACAGAGUGCACAGGCUGUUGCUGCCAAUGGUUCCAUGUGUGGCAUGCAAGGUCAAUUGGACAAGAUGAGGCAUUCCGAUCUUGCAGAAGAUCCCCUCAUGCGGCAGGUACGCAUCCAGCAACAGGCGGCUGUUGAGCAGCGUGCUCAGCGGUUGCUGUUGGAUCAGAGCAACGCCGAAGGAGGAAUUCAGCAACAGGGAUUCCCUCGUCAACCCUACUUGGGACAAGCAAGUCAAGACGGCGCUCUCAAACGAGCCGCUGGCGAUCUGCCCUUUCCUCCCAACAGGGCCGACUUGGCAUUCCCGUCUCUUCCUCCAGCAGAGGCGGAAAGGCGACGCCACCUUCGUCCCUCGGCUCUUGACCAUCUCUCCCCACUCCACAUUGCGUCUCUACAACGAGCCGGUGUUACCCAGGGACUCCCUGCCAGCAGCCGAGAUGUGCUGAGAGGACAGGGGCAGCACGGUACCAACCGUGCUCCAGGCUCCAACCUGGUCUCCGAGCUCGGCAUGAUCGAGAGCCUAAAACGGGAACAUGACUUGCUAGACAGCAGCUACUUGAGGCCAUUCAAGCGCCUUCGAUGAGUACAAGGGCUCUGGGCGACAAAACAGGGAAUGAGUGUAUCUUCGACGGCUGAUAGACGCGACAGCUGUGACUGCAUAAAAACAUAACCACUAUGCACGUAUAAGUUUUAUAACAUGUUUCUGAUUUG